UUUGUAAUUGUUUAUCAAAAUGGUAUCAACGUUAGUAUAUAAAUUCUGUUUAAUAAUUGUAAUGUUGAAGUGUUGCCGAGCUGAUGAAAAUUUGGCGUGGGGAGAUAAUAUUACGAAGUUAUAUGAGAUAGUUUCAGGUGCUAUCAAAAAUGGGACUGAUCUCAAAGCUCCACACUUAACUAGAAGAUUUUUUGUAAAUGACUCGGUAUAUGAGAUACAUCUAAAAAAACUGAAAAACGUAAAUGGAAUUAAAAUUCACAAUAUUGCUAUUACACGCAGCGGUCCAGACAUUAAUUCAACAAUAUAUAUAAACAAUCCUUUAGAAGCUAAAUUUCCGCACCCUUUCAUGUCUUUGGAAGAAUUCAAAAAUACGUUAGUGGAACAUCAACUCAAAGACAGGGAGGCGUUUAUAAGAUCGAAAAACAAAGCGUUACACGAUAAAAUGUGGGCAGACAUAAAAGCCACGGCUAAACUUAAAACAACACGAACACAAAAAACUCGCCAAAGAGUAAAAUUAGCAAUGAAAAUUGAUAAAAAUACUAACAAUAAAAGCAAACCAAUGAAGGUUCAACAGCAUAAAAUUUUAAACACGCCUAAGUUAAAUACGUCUCAUGUUAAUAAUCAUAUAACAAAAGCUAAUAUAGUAAAUACGUCCACUACUGUGCAUUUCCGUGCGAAGCUCCUAUAUAUAGAAAAUCCAACAGAGCAAAGCUCCCACAUAAAUGAAGCUGACGAAAACAGCACAAGUCCAAAAAAUAAAAAUGUAACAAAACAAACUGCCCUGCAAUCCAGUGAAGACGAAGAAAAACAGUUGGCAACUGUCGAAGAAACAAAGGAUAAUGCGGAACAUGUAUCAAGCGCAAAUGAUGGAGAAACUAUAAAAGAAGAACUAGCUGAUAGUACUGAUAAUCCUGAUAAUCGUGAAUUAAGUACCAACGAUGAAAAUGCAACAAAUCUAGCAGGAGAAAUGACUGUUAUUGAUGAAGACGCGAAGAAGGGCGUUGCUGAAAUGGAACUAAGAAAUAUAAAUGAAGAUGAAAGUAAAGACGCUAUGACUGAAGAAUUAACAACUGAGACUACUACAACUACGAAAGCUACGCCUUCUACUACUAGAGAGAGAUGGAGUAGACCUCGCGUGCUUAUGGGGACCCAGCCGGAAAGCACUACAACUACUAGUUAACAACUUGAUUUGUUUAAUAGUAAUUGAAACUGUAAUUUAACCGUUUUUCUUUUAAUAAAGUCAAAUCCCAAGGAA